AUGGACUCAACCCGUACCACCCCCUCCACUCUGGAGAACGGCGAGCAGCUGCCCGCAUACAGCGCCGAGGACCCCAUGCAGGGCUUGCCACCAUAUGCGGCGGCUGCCGCACCUUUUAUUCAACCAAUUGCCGGUGCGGAUCCUCCACCGGGAGUCGCCGUGGAGGUACCCUCAAACGCUGAGGCCAGCUCCCGCAUGCCUGCACCGUGCCUUCUAGUCCUCCCGAUGUAG